GUAAAUUAAAGGAGGCGUUAUGACAGAGUUUCUUGAAUCUUUUCAGAAGGGUAUAAGCAUCGAUGAAGUUUAUGGGUAUGAGGACAUUGAGCCAAUGUUUGGAGAUGAUGAUAUGGACAGGAAAGCAGCUCAUGUUGACUUGAGUAAGGAGGAUGACAAUAUGUUUGUUGGAAGGACUUUUGCGUCGAGAGAAAAUUUCAGGAUUGCAUUGUCAAUUUAUGCUAUUAACCGUAUAUUUCGCUUCAAAUUUACGAGGUAUGAGAAAAAUUAUUUGGUAGCUGAAUGUUAGGAUAAAAAAUGUUGUGAUUGGAGAGUAUUAGCACAUCAAGUUGGACAAAGUGAAGAAUAUGAGGUGACCAAGGCAAAGUUGGAACAUAUGUGUAAUGUUGAGACGAGGAGCAGGUUUUCAAAACACGCUACUUCUAAGGUUGUAGCUGCACUCCUAAGGGCCAAGUAUGCGAAGACGUUUUGUGGUCCAAGAGCAAGAGACUUACCCGAUUCUCUGCUGAGGGAGCACAAUAUGAGGAUGACGUACUGGAAAGGAUGGAAGGCUAAAGAACUGGUUGUAGAGACAGCUCAGGGCACAUAUGAGAGUUCUUUCACCUUGUUGCCGGUAUAUCUCCAUGUACUACAACUUGCAAAUCCAGGAACAGUAUAUCAUUUGGAAACUGAGUUGGAUGAUGUUGGAGAUGAGCGAUUCAAGUACGUGUUUCUAGCAUUGGGGGCUAGUGUGAAAGGGUUAAAAUACUUACGGCGAGUUGUUGUAGUAGAUGGUACACACCUUUUCGGAAAGUAUCUUGGAUGUCUACUUACAGCAAGUUGCCAGGACGCAAACUUUUAGAUAUAUCCAGUGGCCUUUGCUAUUGUGGAUAGUGAGACAGAUGAUUCAUGGACAUGGUUCAUGACUAAGCUUUCUGAAAUAAUCAAAGAUGGCGCAGACUUGACCUUUGUCUCAGAUCAGAAUCAAUCAAUAUUCAAAUCUGUGAGUCUUGUGUACCCUGAAGCACACCAUGGAGCUUGUUUGGUCCACAUAAGAAAGAAUGUUAAAGGAAAGUAUGGAAAGAAGAGUGGGCUUCCAGCCAUAGUAUGGCAAGCAGGUAACAUGUUCCGGCUCAAAGAUUUUAAUAAUGUGUGUGAAAGAAUCAAGAAAAAGAAUAAGGGUUGUUGGCAAUAUCUGGAAGAAAUUGUGGUUGCGAAUUGGAGCAGGGUUCAUUUUACAGGGGAGAGAUAUAAUUUGAUGUCUAGUUACAUUGCUGAGUCAUUGAACAAUGCUUUACUACCAGCUAGGGGAAGUCCUGUUGUAGCAUUGCUUGAAUUUAUAAGAGAAAAGCUUGCUAGGUGGUUUGAAUCCCGGAGGAAGAAAAUCUCUAGAUCAGUCGGGGACAUACCAAUUGCGGUUGAAAGAGAGCUGUUGAAACGGUUCAAAGGUGGGUUGGGAAUAUCAGUUUUGGCUGUCAGAAGGUGGGAUUUUGAAGUAGGCGCUAAGGAUGGAGAACUGUUCCUUGUCUCCUUGGAACAACAAACUUGCACUUGCUUGGAGUUUCAAAAAAUAAGAAUCCCCUGUGCCCAUGCAAUGGCUACAGCACAUGAUAGGGAUUUGGAAUUCAGAGCUUUGGUUGGAGAGAUGCAUAAGCUAAGAAUGUGGUCACCAACGGUCCAAGAAUCAAUCCUCCCAGUACGUGAUCCAUCGGAGGUGGAUGUGCCUGAGAACAUAAGAGUUCUCUUUUUAAUGUCUCCUAAAACAGGGAGACCCCCAAAGCUGCGGAUUCAUUCAGUUGGGGAAUAUGAGGGUAAUAACAAGUCAAAACAGCCUAACAAGUGUGGAAGAUGUGGUGGUUUAGGUCACAAUCGGGUCACGUGUACGAACCCACUAGGUUGACGAUAUGGAAUGGAAGAAAGACAGGAAAGGCUUUUU